UCCAUGGCGCCGUCAUAGGGGCGUUAAGCGGGAGUGUCAGACCGUUACGAUGGCGAGCCCGCUACCAGUUUUGUCUUCCCGCGCCUUCAUAGGCACGGCCUUUCACUCUGAUGGGGAUUCCAAUUGUCUCUUUUCCUCCUUUUCUUCUCCAAAACAUGGUGCCUCUGUUGCUAAUGCUCACCGUGAACGAAUUUCAAGCAGAACCGUCUCCCUAUAUCCUCCCCAACCAUCAGAAAAAUAUGAGAUUUGCCAUCUGAGAAGCCGUAGAGAUGCCCAUUACUACGCGACUGAGAUCAGACGGGUUAGCACCCAAGAAUGCUCAGAAUUUGCUAUUGGGAAUCUCAUUUGGUCGAUGGAUGAAGAUGGGUUUCAUCCAAACAGGGCCCUGGCUGCUCAACUCUUGCAGGCUUGUGUCCGCUGUUCUUCCUACCAACUUGCAAAGCUGGCGCAUGGCUUCCUUUUGAGAGUCUACCCCGAUCUUCGUAACGAUACAAUUAUAUGCAACAAUUUGGUGGGGAUGUAUGCGAAGUUGGGCUAUCUGGACGAUGCACUUCAUUUGUUUGACGGAAUGAAUGAGAAAAGCUUGAUUUCUUGGUCAGCUGUUAUUUCUGCUUGCAGUCAAUCAGGGUACUUUUUAGCAGCAGUACUACUGUUUAGGGAAAUGAGGAGAGAAGGUUUGGCGCUUAACGAGUUCGCUCUGGGAAGUGUUCUAAAAGCAAGCUCGGGGCUGUUGGACACAUUUCUUGGCAAACAGCUUCAUGCUUUGUCGAUACAGAGUGGCUUCCAGUCAGAUGUCUGUGUGAGGACAGCGCUUAUAACAAUAUAUUCUAGAUGCAACUUAAUAUCUGAUUCUUUGAAUGUUUUUCAGUAUAUAGAUUCUCACGAUAUUACUUCCUACAACUCCAUGCUUGCUGCCUAUGUUCAAAAUGGGAAUUGUGUUGAAUGUAUAAAAUUGUUUUUGCAGGCGAUCUCUUUAGGAUUUGUUCCGAAUGAGCCAACUUAUGCUAGUGUUUUCACUGCUUGUUCGACCAUGUGCGAUAUUUAUUUUGGCAGGGCUUUGCAUGGCCAUAUAAUAAAGAUUGGUCUUUUUGGUAUAACUCUUGGUAAUUCACUUAUCACACUCUAUGAUAAAUGUGGAAGAUUCAAUGAUGCUCUCAAGCUGUUCACUUCCAUGGGUGAGAAAACUAUAGUUACCUGGAAUGCAGUUAUUGCAGCAUGUGCACACAAAAAUAGGUUUUCACAUGCAGUAGAUCUAUUUAAAAGGAUGCAGUCGGUUGGGAUAAGACCAAAUCAUGUAACUUUAUUGAGCAUUCUAAGUAUGGUAGCUUCUGCCGCAGCUUUGAAGCAAGGUAAAGAAAUUCAUGCUCAAUUUACGAGAUAUGCUUUUGGGCAAAAUGUGGCUCUUGCAAAUUCCUUGAUUACAAUGUAUGCUAAAUGUGGUUGCCUGGACAAAGCAAAAGUUGUCUUUGACAAAAUGCCAAGCCGAGAUGUAAUUUCAUGGAAUGCAAUGCUCUCAGCUUAUGUUCAAAACAACCAUUGGAAGGAUGCUUUUAAACUAUUUAAAGGGAUGAAUCUUACAGGCAUUUGGCCAGAUGAUCACACUUUCACUGUUAUCCUUGGCUCUUCCUCUUGGUUAGAAGAACAAUUGAGGGGUGAUGGUAGAGAAUUUCAUGCGUACAUCUUGAAGACAGCUUCCAAGGCGUUAGCAGUGUCUACCAGCAAUGCUCUUGUAACCAUGUACUCUAACAUUGGCAAUCUUAAUGCAGCAGAGAAGAUUUUUCUGAAAAUCAGAAAGAAAGAUCUAUAUUCCUGGAAUGCAAUGAUGGAUGGGUACUCCAUAAAUGGCAAGGGUGAUGAUGCCAUUGUCCUUUUCCUGAAGAUGCAGUGGCUUGGCGUCAGGUGGGACCAUCUGACACUCUCCAUUCUCCUUGCAACAUGCAGUAGGUUGUUGUCUCUUGAGCUCAGUCGACAGUUUCACGCCUUUGUUGUAAAAAGUUAUACUCAGAUUGAUGAUAGUCCAUCUUCUGUUUCAGUUUACAAUGCUCUCAUAUCUACAUAUUCCAAAUGUGGUAGCGUAGCAGAUGCAAUUUGUGUAUAUGAAAGAAUGGUUCAUACUGAUGUUUACUCUUGGACAACAAUACUGAGUGCAUAUGCCCAUUAUGGAAUGGGCCACAAGGCACUUGAACUCUUUGAGACCAUGAUUGCUCAGGGGAUUAGUCCUAAUGCUGUAACAUUUUUGAGUUUACUUACUAGUUGUGCUCACACAGGUUUAGUCAAAGAAGGGAUCUACUAUUUUGAUAUCAUGACUAAAAAUUAUGGCAUACAUCCAGAGGUUGAGCAUUAUGCGUGCAUGGUUGAUCUCUUUGGAAGAUCAGGUCAUCUCGAGAAAGCUGUAGCAUUCAUCAUGGAUCUUCCUGUUAACCAUGGCACCACAUUGUGGAAGGUUCUUCUAGGUUCUUGUCAUUUACACAAGGAACUCAAUCUUGGCAUUGAAGCUGCGAGUAGAAUUCUCCAGUUGGAACCUGGUGAUGAGACAACAUAUGUGCUUCUCUCUAACAUCUAUGCAUUCUAUGGCAUGUGGGAGGAUUCUAUAAAACUGAGAGGAAUGAUGAAAAAUAAAGGACUGAAGAAGGAAACGGGGUGGAGUCGGAUUGAAAUAGGAAAUAAAUGGCAUGGAUUUGUAGCAGGGGAUGUGUUGCACCCACAUAGGAAGGAGAUAUAUGAGAAGCUGGAGGAAACUGAUGAAAAAAUUAGGGGGAUGGGUUAUUUGCCCAUGACUGAGCUGGUUUUGCAUGACGUGGAUGAAUCACAAAAAGAAGUCCUAAUCAGUCAUCACAGUGAAAAACUUGCUGUUUGCUUUGGGAUUUUGCAAACUCCCCCUAGCAAGCCUAUAAGAGUGAUUAAGAAUCUGAGAACUUGUGAAGAUUGUCAUAACUGGAUGAAUCUGGUCUCAGUGAUAGAAAAGCGCUUCAUCAUAAUGAGAGACUCUCGUCGUUUCCAUUGCUUCAAAGAUGGUAAAUGUUCAUGUGGUGACUACUGGUAAUUGGUUAUGGAUGAUUAAUUGAAACAUUGCUUUGGCGAAUGACCUUUGGAUCUGAACAUAAGGCAUGUUAAUUAGUAGUUUAACAUUCUCAAGUUCAGCUAAAUAGCAUAUCAAGCAUGUGGAACAGCUUGAUCUCUUCAUAAAUUAGAGUGUGCCACGAAGCAGAAGAGAACUGCAAUAUUGGUGAGAUAUUAUGGAGAGUCAUCUCCUUAAAAGCAUUUUCAAAGUAUGCUUCAAACCGAGAAAUAUGCUAUGAGCAUUGUGAAGCAGCUAAGCAUACGUUGGUGCAGUCUGUUGCUUUGCCUUUGCAUGCUGGCUGACACCAAGCCCAUACGGAUCAGUGAGCAAC